AUGACGUCAUUAUUUGCAUCUCUUGCUCAUAAUUUACGAGGACAGUUAAUCGCACGAAUCAUAUCUUUUGGAAUCAACAUGUAUCUUUUGCGACGGAUUGACAAUGAUGUUCUGGGGCUCGUAAAUGUUCGAUUAACUCUUCUCUACUCGACCAUUCUAUUCCUGACGCGAGAACCAUUAAGGAAAGCUGAAAUCAUACGUGGAUCUCUGCCUAAAUUUAUCAACCUUCUCUGGCUGAGCCCGCUUAUCUCUACAGUAUUAAGUGUGAUUUGUGUUUAUCUGUGGUACACUUUCUCAUCAACAACUGUGGAUGUUUCCUGGACUGUUGUACUCUCGUUUCCCAUCUCUGCAAUCAUUGAAUCGAUUGCAGAACCGUUUUCAGUCAUUUCACUACGAUUGGAAUCAACUUCGGGUUCUCUCGGUCAACACUUUGCAAUUGGACAAGGAAUGUUGAUAUGUGUCAAAAGAAUAUUCGUUCUAGCUGGUCUCUUCAUCUUCCCUGAAAUGUAUCAUCUCGAUCUGUUCGCAUACUCUCAAUAUUUCGGAGCCAUCGCAUAUCUUUUGUUCAAUUUCAUCGCUUUCUACGUCUAUAUCAGAAACAAAUCUAUUCCGGAACUCGAAAGCUUCUCAACUUUCUCUGAUUUACUUCCGAAAUUCAAUGAAGGAAUCGAUAGGAAAUCAGUAAAUGCAAUGAGCACCAUGUUCGCUCAUUCAAUUUUGAAACAGUUACUGACUGAUGGAAGUGCAUAUGUUAUGACAUUCACCGAGUUGCUCAGUUUGAAACAGCAAGGUGUAUACGAUGCUGUUGAAAGAGUUGGAAGCAUCAUUGUACGAACGAUUUUGUCGCCGAUUGACGAGAACUGCAAUGCAUAUUUUUCGAAUACAAUUCGCAAAGAAAGCAGUGUAUUCAAUAAAAAUACGGAUAAUCAUGAUGAUUUAGUCAAGAAUUUAUCAACAAUUCUUCAUGUCGUUGGAGUUCUUGGAUUCGUUGCAUGUAUCUUCGGAAUACCAUAUUCUUCAACAGCAAUCUCUCUUUAUGGAGGAAAACUACUCUCUGAUAAUGGAGGCGCUCUGUUACUUUCAUUAUACUCUGCAUACAUUUUGGUAACUGCAAUCAAUGGAAUAACUGAAGGAUUCGCGAUGGCAAGUAUGGAUAAUUAUCAAAUUUAUUCACAUGGAAAGUUCCUUUUCGUCACUUCUACACUUCAUCUGUUCAUCAAUUAUGUUCUCUGCGUGUAUUUGAAUUCAGCAGGAUUCAUUGUUGCGAAUAUUAUCAAUAUGACUAUCAGGAUUGUAUAUAACUGGCGAACAAUUCGAGAAUAUCUUGGAGAAAGCUCACCAUCAUUCACAACCGUCUUCCCGUCCUUCUCAACAUCAAUGUUUCUUGGAGCUUCGUUAUUUGCUUCCUCCUUCUCCUAUUUGAUUUUUGCCACGACACCAGGACUCUCCCACAAUCUCUCCCACAUUGCCAUUGGAGCCGUCUGCUUGAUUCUCAUAGCACAACAUACCAUACAACAUGACCCUGUUUUUGCUAGUAUCAUUGAUUCUUUUGCAAAAAAGCAUCGACACUGA